AAGCCACGUAUUCCACGCUCUGCGAUAAAAAACAUGGCAGGUCUGCAACGCCUUGUUCUGUCCGUGGCGGUUGUUCUGACGGCCUGCUGGGCUGCCGAGGAUCAGAAGGAUGAGAUCUGCUUCCAGCAGCCACAGAGAGGCACGCUGUACCCGGGCAUGCAGUGGCCGGGAUCCACCGAGCACGCACUCACCGGCAGCAAGGCGCAGAUCUCGAAGCCCGCGCCAGACUUCCAGGGUACAGCUGUGGUGAACGGGAAGUUUGAGGAGAUCAAACUGUCGGACUACAAGGGGAAAUACCUCGUCUUCUUCUUCUACCCGCUAGACUUCACGUUUGUGUGCCCGACUGAGAUUAUCGCCUUUAACGAGCGCGUGGAAGAAUUCCGUAAGAUCAACACGGAGGUCGUGGGUGUGUCGGUGGAUUCCCAGUUCACGCAUCUCGCAUGGAUCAACACCCCCCGUAAGGCCGGUGGACUCGGCCCCAUGAACUUUCCCCUCCUGUCCGACCUCACGCACAAGAUCUCGCGAGACUACGGAGUGCUGCUGGAGGACGUGGGACACACCCUCAGGGGACUGUUCAUUAUUGAUGACAAGGGGAUCCUGAGGCAGAUCACCAUGAACGACCUUCCCGUGGGUCGUUCUGUGGACGAGACGCUGCGAUUGGUCCAGGCUUUCCAGUACACUGACCAACACGGAGAAGUUUGCCCCGCUGGCUGGACCCCAGGUGCAGACACUAUCAUUCCAAACCCCAACGACAAGCUGAAGUACUUCGAAAAGGCGAACAAGGACUUGUGAAGAAGAGCCACCUUGCAUGCAACUCUUUACUGUAUUGCACCUUACCUAGCAAUAGGGGCAUUACCAUCAAAAAGUUAUGAAAAGUGUAUCAAAUUCCUUUUAAUCAGUUUGUACUGGUAUUAUAAGCAUAAACUUGGAGCUGUGAAAAAUAUUGAGAAGUCGUUGUCUAAGGCCUAAGGUGUUUCCUUUUUUUGCAUCGUAACAUUUCCAAUUUUGUGAAAGAAUGCAAUCUUAUGGUCAGUGGUAUGUGGGUUGCUGUCAGCUAUGCAAUUGGCAGAAGUGGAGAAACUGGUAUAUUAUAGCCACAUGUGUUAGGUUGAUAUGAGUUUAUUACAUGGUAUUGAAUUGAUCAUGUAUAUCUACUAUAUUCUGCUCUAGAAGGAGGAAUUAAAAAAGUAUUGCCACAGAAAAUAAAAGUAU